GGGGAAAUCGCUUCUUCCGUGUUCUCUUCGCAUUUGGGGAGAAUCGAUUCCUCCCGACGCUACAACGGCGAUCGUUUUGCGUCGAAGUUCCCAACCUCUCCAUCUCCGAUCGAGCUCCGAUCUCAAUCAAAUCCCCCAAAAUCAAUCAAUCAAUCAACCAAUCACAUGGAUGUGAAAGAGACGAUCGAGGACGAGCAUGGCGCGACGACGAUCCUGACGGACGGUCGCGAACCCACAUGCUGGGGCUGUGGAUUGCGCCUGCUCGCAUUUAAGUGUGCAUGGUGUGGAGCAAUAACACAGGGAGAGCAAAACUCAAGGAGGCCUGACAGCAGGUGCUUUUCUCGCUGGCGCCGUGCCCGGGACCGGCUCUUCGCCGCCAUUCUCGCCUUGUUCAUGCUCUUUGUUAUAUGCGGCGGAGCUUGGGCGGUGUACCCCGUCGUGUUCGCGAUCGGCUUCUCCUACGGAGUUUUCCACUGCGUUGUAACGGCUAUUUUGUCUCUCAUUACCCUCUCCACUUUCUGCUUCGCGGCUUUUCGAUCAGCUGGAGCGCCUCCAAACGUAUCGUGGGGGAGUUUUCCGGUUGUCGUCGGAAGAAAUGGUCUCAACGACUACACAUUCUGCGCGUACUGUCAAAAGCCGAAGCCGCUGAGAGCGCACCACUGCCGUUCCUGCAGAGCGUGCGUGACCGACAUGGAUCAUCAUUGCCCGUUCAUUGGCAACUGUGUCGGAGCGGCGAACCACCGGUUUUUCGUCGCUUUUCUUAUCUCUGUAGUCGUCAGUUGUGCUUACGUUGUCGCGAUGGCAACUUAUGCCGCAGUUUUUGUAUGGCCUCGCGUAGAUCUCGGAGUACAUCUUAAAUCGCCUGGCCUCGAUUCCCCGGAAUUGUUGAAGGAGAUCGUCGCUGCGUUGGCUACUUCGGCGCUUUUUUUGUCUGCAAGAGGUUUUCUUCUCGUGUAUUUGGCUUUCGCAGGUUUAGCUGUCGGAAUCGGUGUAAGUGCGCUGCUGUGGCAGCAACUCUCUUCUAUUUACGACGGUGAGACGUACAUCGACCGUAUAACUUCGAAGAACGCUACGCACGACGAAAGGGGCUGCGAGAAUCUUCUUCGAUUCUUCGGUUGCCCAUAUUCAGUUUCUGGAGUGCUAUUGGGUCAGCGAAGGCCGACAGAAAAGAUACUGUAAAAUUAAGUUGUAACUGUUGUUGCAGUAUCAUGGCUUCUUCUAUUCAUCGAAACGAAGUUCGGCCGCUUCGCAAUUCCCGCUCUUUCGAACAAUAUGUAGCAUCAAUGCUCAUUCUGAUCGUACAAUUACUCAUUCUUGGUUCCCAGAAAAGGGGAAAAGUUGGAUACGUAUUCAGAACUCUCAGGCAAUGAAAACGAUACGGAAUUCGUUCGCGCUGUCUGAGAAAUGGAGGAUGUUGGAAACAUUUCGAAGCCAUUUGAACUUGAGCUUCAUUUGUAGACAAGCUUUUGCUGUUGUUUAUUCACUCUUUUUUCUUUUUUUUUUUUACUUGUAUUCUUCUGUACUGAAACAGCCAAAUUAAGGAAGGUAUUGUCAGUUUAUUUGAUCAA